CACUUGUCUGCUUCAUAAAAGUUGAGUAGGCCUAAGCAUCUCAUUGCAGUCUUAUUGUCUCUACGCGAUUCCUUGCACGGACUCUGAAAAUAACGCUUUUACCAAAAAAAACCCAUCAUCGACCAGUUCGACUAUCAAGACCGUCUGCUGAAUUAUUUUUAUUAAUUUACUGAGAAUCUUUUUAGUGCUUUAGACAGAUCUAUAAAGAAAUACACGGGGAGAAUAUGGGUUCAUCCAGUGUGAAAACAUCUCUGUUGCUAGUUGUCGUGGCCUUGUCAAUGCUCUUCGCCUUCACCGUGGCAUAUCAAACUGGUGCACCGGUUUCAGCUUGUGGUACUGCCAAACCAGGGCAUGUUAACGUUACUCAGGACACAAGCACACCUAUUGAUCCUGCAGAUAACGCCAAUAGCCCCUACAGCUUCACCGUUGAAGGCUCGGAGUACAAUCCAGGCGGCGAACUUGAAGUUUCGAUCACGAUCGCUUCUGGUACGGACAAUUUCCAAGGCUUUUUGUUGCAGGCUCGUAAGGUUGAUGAUAGCACCGUGGUGGGGACUUUCACGGAACCCGACAGUGAUAUUGGACAACUUCUCACGUGCACAAAUGCAGGCGAUACAGUCACCCAUACCAAUAACACAGAGAAGACAGAACAAUCCUUUACAUGGCACGCCCCUUCAGACCUAACAGGGAAUAUUACAUUCUUUGGUACUGUAGCUCUUGACCACGAUACCUUUUACGUGGGGCUCGAAUCAGACGAACUGACUGAAGGUGCCGCUGUGACUCAAGGACCAACUACUACCGGGGCUACUGAAAUGACCACUGCAGAUGUUGCCAAUACUACAACUACUGAAAUGACCACUGCAGAUGUUACCAAUACUACAACUACUGAAAUGACCACUGCAGAUGCCGUAAAGCUCUCAACAGGAUUUGGCAUUCUUCUUCUGGCUGCAGUCGUCAGUGUGCUUCAGUUAUUUGCCUAGACGUCUGCUCGGUCGUGUUGCUAUGGAUACAACAAACUACAAAGUCCAGUUUCUAUUUAAAUCAAUAUCAUGUUGUGCCUGAAUAUGUUUGGUCACGAUAUCAUUCUAAUGAUAAUAUUUUACAUCGAACCCAUGUGUAUCACGAUAACCAUAUAAGUAAUGGCCGUACGCAGUUGGGAACGUGGGGUAGCUACCCCACCCCUUGUCCAUUUUCUUUUUUAUACUAAUUUUUAACUGCAAUUGUCACUUGAAAUUCAAUUUAAAUAUGAAGCAAAUCAUUUAUAAAGUUAAAUGAAAAGAAAAUCAAAAUGCAUUUGACAUCGAUGCUUCACUCCCUCGCUAAAAGGAUAUGGAUUCACAAAUUGAUAGAUUUUAUUCCCCAGAUACCGAUAAAAACAUAAAAAGUUAAAUUUUGGAGUAUCAAAAUACCGUGACAUGUUAAUCCAUGAAAACAGACAUUGCUCUUUUCCAUUGGGCUACUUACCUUUUUGCAGGGGACAAGAAAAAAAAAUCACUAAUAAGACGGGACUUAUGUUCUUUGCUACUUUUGCCCCAAAUGAGGUAAAAA